AAGACCGGAAGUUGCUUUGUAAUGCAGUUAACCGGAAGUAGCARUAUAAUCCCUUGAGGGAAGUGGAGUCCACGAUUGWACGCCUCGUUGCUAAACCACGGUUCUUUGUUUAUGUUGCCCUGAGGUAACCGUUACUUAUAAUUAGCACUGAAUAAUCCUACGAUUGCUGUUAAAACUUCUUUCCAAAGCUAUAACCCUUUAUGAGUACUUUCUAAAUCUUCGAUGGCUUGUUUGGUUGCUAGCCCUUUCGCAAGAGAUUURAGCACAAUGGCGGCGAAACCAAAGCCAUUGGUAUUGGAAAUACCUAAUGAAAAUGCGAAGAAGAAGAAGGCCAAGAGCUUACAAGAAGCUUUUGAAAAUUUUCGUAAAGGAAGACAGCGAGAAAUUAAAAUGGCCAAAGUAAUGGAGGAAAGAGCGUUGUCACAAAGGAAGGACACRGAAACRAUGGAAAUGUUGAGGKCUAAGUUCCUAGAWGGUGURAAGAAAUAUUUUGGAGUACCKUAUGCAAAGAGAUACCAUGAUGAAACUUCUCCAUACCACAAUGCGCCACUGUACCUAGACUGCUGUGGUCUUGUUAGGAGAGUGUUACUUGAUCUGRAGAAAGAUUUUGGAUUCACCAUUGGUGGAGGAAACCAAGCAUAUCAGUUUGAUACACUACCUAUGGAUAUCAAAGAAGAAGACAUGAAGCCUGGCGAUCUUGUGUUUAUAUCAGCCACAUACUACCAAAAACCUGGCAAAAAAUGGAAGAAGCAACGCCAUGAUAUGGUACAUGUUGAAGUGUGGGCUGGUGAUGGUGAAAAGACUAUUGGAGCAAGAUGGCAGAAAGGAGUUGUUCAAGUAUUUGAUUCAUACAAGUUCGUUUCCAAGAGCUACUACGACAUGAAAUUCCACUUCAAGUCAAUUGACACAUGGCUGAUGGGAGUUUGCAAAAGUUUUUGCCCUGAACAUYCCUGGCGCUCUUCAAAGUAUGAUCCUGGCAAGAAAUCCAUCUUUUCUGAGAAGGACGAUGAAGAAAAUUGUCAGGCUGCUGAGGAAGAAGAAGACGACGACCAGCAAGAGCAGCAAGACGAGAAACUAAAGGAAACUGUCUGCAAUAAUGACGGAAGUCUUACUAGAGGCAUUUUAUCUGGAGGGGAAAGCCUUGAAUUGGGUCAAAAAAUCAUUAAAAAUGAUAAAAACAGCAACGUUGAAGAGGCUAAYGCGGGGUUCGAGAAAGCGAAAAAUAUUGAUAACCUUACAAGUGACUUAAUCAACGCUGRAUCUAAUUUGUCAAACGUCCCAACUCUUGUGAAUGGUUCACAAAAUACCGAAGAAAAUGAAAUAAAAAUAGAUGAUAAUAGAGCUGCAGAAACUUUCAACCAAUUGCAAAAGCUGGAAGAUAUCAGCAAGAUUUCCAAAGAAACCGUUUCUUCAAUUGUUAAAACAGUCCAGCAACGAAAUAUAAUUCCCAAUAACGAGAAAAACAUUAAACUGAUAGAGCAAGGUGGAAAUUUGAACAUAACUGGAAAGAACCAGUGCUUUUGUCCUGAAUGUUUGCCUUCAUUUACUAACUGUAUACAUAGCRCUUUAGACAGCACUAGUGAUAGUGAAGAYGCAAACACUGUGCGCAAWGUUGAGGAAGAAAAUCUUACAAAAUCUAAAGAAGUCACSACUUCAUUGGAGUGUUUUGAAGUUAUUGCUUCUCCGGAGURCCGUCAASAAGUUGAGGAUGUUAUGAGUUCUUGUCCAGUUGAAAAGGCAGAGAAAAAUGGWUCCAGUGGUGGGAAUUCGCCUUCAAAUGACGAGAAACCAAGUUCCGGAGAUUCAAAUGGUUCCCCGUCGAAAAACAACAAUGGCAACAACAACAAGAAGAAAGACAGUCCACCCAAGCCAGUCAGAGACGGCGCUCGAUCACGCAUGCKCCAUGGAGGUCGGCAGCCCGCUUACUACGUCAGUCCUGGAAACGGUAGCUCAAUGGUCGAAGCCACGUUACAGACUCUUGGUUGGCGUAAGAUAGAAGACCGUUAUGACGAGUCCUUCAAGCUAAAAUGGGUGGAAUGUAAAAGUCAAAUUGAUUAUAAUAACUUCAGAGACGGCGAACAGCUUGUCAAUCAUAUUUCCAACAUUGGUCUGUUAACCACUAAGCUUGGUUUAUUGUGCAGUCUGGAGGAAUAUGAACGAGUGCUAGACAAGGUCGGAUCAAGGCAACGCAUUCAGUUGAGUGAAUUUGUACCUGAAACAAUCAAGUUAACAAAUAUGACCGAGAAACAAAAGUUUGUCAACGAGGUCUACAAAGAGGGAGAGGUGUGGAUCUGUAAGCCGAUAGGACAGAAUCAAGGAAAAGGCAUCUAUAUGAUAAACAGCUCGCAACAGUUACGGGAAAAAUUACGUCUUAACGUGGAACCCAACGYGGCAAGUAAUGGGAGACGUAACGCUCACGUAAGACCGCCGCAAGGACGUAUUAUACAAAGAUACAUCACAAAUCCUCUUCUUCUAAACGGGUUCAAGUUUGAUGUCAGGGCGUACAUGUUCAUUGCCAGUACAAACCCCUAUGUUGUGUUGUAUCAUCCGGGAUACAUACGUUUAUCUUGUGUCCCGUAUGCACCGUUCUCUGAGGAGGCUGCAAACUCGAUAUUGACAGCUCACUUGACCAAUCAGUACAUUCAAAAGAAACAUCCCCUGUAUUCAAGUAUGAAGGACGAGACUGUCUGGUCAUAUGAACGCAUCCAAUCUUAUAUCGACGAGCAUCACACCAAAGAAAAAGGGCUCCCGGAGAACUGGGUAUUCACAACAUUCACUAAACGAAUGCAGCAAAUCAUGUUGACGUGUUUUCACAGCGUUCGAAAGAAGUUGCAUCGGAGAAGUGGAUUCUUUGACUUGCUGGGCUUUGACUUCAUGGUUGAUGAGAACUUUAAGGUUUGGCURAUCGAGGUCAAUGUAAACCCAUCUCUCAGUACAAGUUGUCAGGUCCUAAAAGAAGUCAUUCCAGACAUGGUCGACAGUACUGUUAGUAAGUAAAACAUUGACUUUUGUUUCUUUGUUUGUU